GUUGGUGUUUUUUUGUGCGCGCCCCGGGAGUUAUGCUUUUGCGGCAGAAAAAUAUUUGGUUUGGACCGUAGGAAGCAAACACAACAACAUUUGGCUGAUGAGGCCUCGGUUGAAGAGCCGCGACUUUAAGGUAUAAAACGGUAGGUUGUGGGCCGUGAAAGGUACAGUUCAGCUUUGGUAGCCAAGUGUGUUCCAGAAUCAACCAGCAGCUCUCCAACAAACCACCAACCAAUCCUUCAAGAUGAAGUCCUUCUGCGUUGCCGCCCUCUUCGUGAUCAGCUCGGUGCUGGCCGUUCCGGUGUACGAGUCGGCUGCCCCGGCCUACGGUGGCCACGGCGGAGGACACGGUGGAGCUGCCCACGGACCGGUGUCGGUGCACACGUACGCUGCCAAGGCCCCGGCUGUCAAGUGCGGAGCUAACCUGCUGGUCGGCUGCGCUCCCCACGUUGCCCACGUGCCCUGCGUGCCCAGCCACGGCGGAUACGGAGGUCAUGCUGCGGGAGGUUACGGUGGACACGCCGCCGGAGGAUACGGCGGACACGGUGCCAGCCACGGCGGAUACGCCGCUCCGGCUGCCCAUGGCGGAUACGCCGCCCCAGCUGCCCACGGAGGAUACGCCGCUCCGGCUCCGGCUUACGGCGGUGGCCACGGAGGAUACCGUGCCUCGGACAGCGACGACGAGUAAAGCUCGAACCGCCCCUGGGAAUCGGAACGCAACGGAUGAGAGGCUAAAGACUACGACAAUCAAACCAUGAGAGAGAGAGAGCGCAAGUGAGGAAGAGAGGAUGAGAGCGAAAGAGUGUGAGCAGAGCGGCGCGGAAGAAGUGACACCAGUUCGCUUGGAUGAACGCAUGAACUUUGGAAUGAACUACGAUUUUCUCUUUGUAUCUGUUAGAAUUGGUUAAGACUUGGUGUGAUAAUAAAUGCAAUGAGGAAAGUUAA